CCCAAACUCGCUGCGUUGUCAUUAACGGAGUAGCAGUUUCAUCUGAGAAGAGUUGAGGAGCUCCAGAGUUCCAGCCUUUCAAGGAUUCGCCUUAACGGCGCCCAGCAUUCUACUUUAUUGUUUUUUAAAUCACACACCCGUCGCGGAAGAAGGACAUAACAGAGGGCGAUUGUAUUAUUUUUUGCGCAGUGUUUUUCUUACCCACGAUGAGUGGAGCGACGUACGACAGGAAGCUAUCCGGCAUUUCCGCCGAUCUCUCCGGCUCUAUGAGCUGCCACCCGGGUUCCAAAGACUCGCCUACUCUACCCGAGUCAACAGCCACGGACAUGGGCUACUACACCGCACACCAGGGCCACCAUGACUACUAUCCCGGUCAGGCUUACGCACAAGGGCCGCAUAAUCCCUCUUACCACCAGUUUAACGUGUGCGCUAUGAGCGGCGCGUCUCCCUACGGCGCCAAGGCCGAGUACGCUUACGGCAACGCGUAUCGCCACCAGUACGGCCAGUACAGCAGAGACUUACACACACCGCCCCAAAACGCAGUGAAAGAGGAGCCGGAGACUGAAGUCCGGAUGGUGAAUGGAAAACCCAAGAAAGUGCGCAAGCCGCGUACCAUCUACUCCAGCUACCAGCUCGCGGCGCUGCAGCGGCGCUUCCAAAAGGCGCAGUACCUCGCGCUCCCGGAGAGAGCUGAACUGGCUGCACAACUGGGCUUAACACAGACACAGGUGAAGAUAUGGUUUCAGAACCGGAGGUCCAAGUUCAAGAAGCUGUACAAGAACGGUGAGAUGCCGCUGGAGCACAGUCCCAACGCCAGCGACUCCAUGUCGUGUAACUCGCCGCCCUCGCCUGCGCUCUGGGACACCGGCGCGCACGGGAACCCGGUCGGCCGCGGUCACGUGACGCCGGUCGCGCUCAGCUCUUCGACUCCGCCCUACCCGGAAGACUACAGCAGCGCGUGGUACCAGCAGCACGCCGGCCCUCCGCAAAGCGUCUACUGACCACAGACUUUCACUCCAAGAGUUUAAUAUAAAAUAAAAACAAAAAAGGGACUGGACUUUAUUUUUGUAAUCUUUAUAUACACGAGCGCCUAGGCUGUUCGUACGAAGAUAAGCUGAAAAAAGAGAGAGAAAGAGAGAAAAACAAAAACGAUCAUUUUUUCCCUCUGCAAAACAAAGUGACUGGUUAAAAUGUUUAAUCAGCCCGAGAAGAGAAAAGAAGACCAAAGGAGAUUGUAGGACAGGAGAGGAAGAAGAUGGCAUUGUGUUGCAGCAAUAUGUCACGCGCUCGACUAUGCAGUGCAGAUCCUAUAGGCCUAAAGUUAUAUAGCGUGGUUUUAAAUUAUUUUACUUACUCGAUCCCUUAUUCUUAUUGAUGUUUACGGAUAGCAAUGUUCAAAUAGACUAUUUUUUACAUGUGUUUACAUGAGGAAAGAUACAAUAGUCCCCAACAUUUGUGCAGUUGCCCGGCACACCAACCACAACCGCUUCAGAGACUCAGGACAUAAGUUAUAUCAGUUUGUACAAAAUGUAGUUGUGUAUAUAGAUACGUAUGUGUGUACGUGUGUGCGCGCGCGCGUGCGUGUGUGUGUGUGUGAGAGAGAGAGAGUAUGUGUGUUUAAAUGAAAACGGAACCACUAAACAAUAUUGUUUAUAAACCCCCGCGUUUUAUAGAGGAUUCUCGUGCUUUUAUUGUAAUGUUGUUCCAGGAUGAAUAAAUG